GAGACAAAGGUCCCCGUGUAGCCUUUAGCAGACCGUUGGGGACAAGUGCUGUUAGCGAGCGGCUAUGAAGGCCGGAAUAACACACGAGAGGGGGGGUGGGUGGGGGUGAGUGGCCAACACCACGCCCGGCCGCCUUUGUCUCUCUCCCCCGGUGGCGAUAUUUUACGAACCACCCAUUUAAGGCUGAGUCGACCUAGUGUGGAACGACCCCAGGACCAGUUCAGAUAAUCGUCACCGGCGUCGGGUCGUGAGCAGGAGUCGAACUCACUCGGCUCGCCGGGUUGGAAGCGCGCAAUGUGGAGAGGAGGAGGGGGGGGUAGGAUGGUGGUUUGGGAUUCAUUCGCGACGGCGGCGGCGGCAGCGGCUGUUAGUGCUGGUGGGUGGGUGGGGGCAGUGGAGGCGGUGACGCGGCCCGCGCAUGCGCACGGAUACCGAGCGAGGGAGAGAGAGUGAGCGAGCGCGCGCUGCUGGGGGCAAGAUGGCGGCGAGCGUGUCUCGCUGGGCGGGCGGGAACCAACUGGACCUGCUCCUCAAGGCCGUGGAGGUGUCGGCGAGCAGCCCAGAGGGCAUGGAGAUGAACGACGAGGUGUCCGAGCCUGCCGAGGAGGUGGUGGGCCCGAGCGAGGAGGGCGGAGGAGGUGGUGCCGAGGCUAUGGAGGCGGCGGAGACGUUGCUCCACAUGGAGGCCCCAGACCCCAACUGCGACGCUCACCACAUAGUGGCGGCCGAGGUGGAGGUGUUUGUGCCGUCCGACUCCCCGGGAUCGUUCGACAAAUCUCUGUUGGACGACGGCGCCCAGUCACCGCGGAAAAAGAAAGGGCGGAAAAUCAAGACGACUCUGCCGUGCUCCCCCUCUCUCAACCCGGACACGCCGGCCAAGAAGAAGUCGCGAGAAGGCCACACCGUGUACCUGUGGGAGUUCCUGCUGUCGCUGCUGCAGAACAAGAGCACGUGCCCUCGCCUCAUCAAGUGGACCGAGCGAGAAAAGGGAAUCUUCAAGCUGGUCGACUCGAAGGCCGUGUCGCAACUCUGGGGCCAGCACAAGAACAAGCCCGACAUGAACUACGAGACGAUGGGCCGGGCGCUGCGCUACUACUACCAGCGCGGCAUCCUGGCCAAGGUGGAGGGCCAGCGCCUCGUCUACCAGUUCAAGGAGAUGCCCAAGGGCUUCCUGGACGACCUGGGCGACCCGUCUGACGACUCGGGGCACGAGUCGGUCAUCGCCUCGCUGAGCGCCGAGCUGCAGCAGGGCACCCCCCCGCCGCUGCGUGUGAAGGCGGCGGCGGCGUCUCCCGCCAGGCCCAAGAAGAUGGGUGGGACGCCGUGCGUGACGACCGUCCGCGCGGUGCAGAUGCCUUCGGUGAUCUCCAUCGACACCGCCUACCGGCAGUCGGUAGCGCUCUCCUCCGGCCAAGUCAUCAACCUCUCCGGCGGGGGCGGCGGCGGCGGUGCCGGCAGCCCGAGAAUCCUGCUGCAGACGGCGGGCGGCGGCGCCCUGCACGACCUGCCGCCCGGCACCGUCAUCGCCACGACGUACGUGAGCGACGCGGGCGCCGUCGGCUCGGCCGCCACUCCCGCCAUCGCCGUGGGGGGGCAGCAUCACCAGCACCACCAGCAGCACCACCAGCCUCACGAGUACAUCCUGGUGCUGACGCCCGUCGCCAACGGGGAGCACGGAGAGGCGACGCAGCUGCUGUUCUCGCUGCCGAGCGAGCAGGCGCAGACGGCGCCCGGCGCCGCCGCUCCGACGGCGAGCGAGGAGGUGCCGCUGCACAUCGUGCCGCACUCGGAUGUGGUCGUGUCGGAGAGCCCCGAGGUGGAGGUGGUGACUAUGAAGGAGGAGAGGGUGUGACUGGGUGGUUCGGGGGGAUUGGGGGCGACGCGGCCGCUGAACCCGUCGCCCCCUUGUCGUCCCCCUCUUCCCGCUACACCCCCCCCCCCUUGACCCCGCGUGCCCGGCGGGCGUCACGUGGGUGUACAUACCGCGAAAGGGAUCAAAGUGGACUCGGGAGAAUAUACAAAACUAAAUGACAAUCAAUUUAUAUGCUUCUCAAAGAAGAGAGUUGUUGUUUGUUUUGGUUUUCUGUUUAUUUUGUUGUUGAUUUCUUUCGUUUUUUGUUUGUUUUUGUAACUUAAAGCACCGUUGGAGCCCGCCAAAGCUGUCGCUUCCGUCGUAGUAGGUGCCAUGACACGUGCAGGCCUCCGCCCCCAUCGGUUACCCCCCCCCCCCCGCCAACGAGGACGUCACCGUCGCCUGUACCGACGGACGUUCUCCCGUAACGAAAACAAGCAUCCGCCGCCGCCACCUAGUUUAGACCAAAACAAAUGUUUACCCCGCCUCUGGGCAACGGGGAGCGAACGUCGUUUUUUUUGCAGUGCAUCAAAACACUUUUUUCUUUCUUUUUAAGUGACACGGACUUCCGACCGUUGCCGGGGAAUGCUGGCGCAGGUUUUGUCGGCCGCUGUUCAUAUUGUAUAGAGCCUGGUAUGUUGAAAUUACCAGUAUAUUUUUGAAUUCCCGACGACCCUUUGUCUCGUACCUUAUCGGUCGUUUCACGACGGCUUUAAACAAAAACAAACACGUCCUUCCGUUGCGUAAUUGCGGCCAGCACCUCGGGCAAAAUCAAAUUCCCGUGUCCGCCGUUGUACCUGAACACUUAUGGCCAGCGGGCGGCAGAUGCUCGUCCGCUCUGCAGCAGCAACAACAACCAAUGUACAAAUACACCGCCUCGGGUGCUGACCGCAAUUUUGUGUAAUUUUUCUAUCGCCCUUUGUGCGUUUUUUUAUCGCUCUCUUGUAUCUCUCGCUGGUGUACAAAUGCAAACUCAAACACUACUACCCCGGAGUUGCGUAACAGCGGGCUCGAUUCACCGUCACUCGCCCCCACCGUCUCUCUCUGCCUCUGCUACAAAUUGAAGAGGAGCUGUUUGUUGCUGCUCCCUCGGCCGCCGUGGUCACCCGACCGCCCCCCUCGCCCCCCUCCGCGUGUCACGUGUCACCGCGUCCCCUGCGAGCUACGGGGCAGCGGCCACCUUGAUGCCGGCGCGACAUCCGGGAUCGCAAGUCCCCGGUGUCGCUCGCCGGUUAGCGGCCACUGUGGCAACCCCCCCCCCCCACCACCCCGGUGGAGAGUUGGGAAACGUUUUAUUAAUGCCGAUGAAAUUUCGGCAAAAAUACUCGGGCGUGACCCCCCUGUUGGCUUGCGCAGAGAGAGCUGCUUUGGGUUUGCCCAGCCGCUUGACCCCCGCCCCCCCUCCCAAAUUAAUUUUGUCACCACCGCUUAAGGUCGCCCGGCACUGCGGUGUCUCGCGUCUCGCUCCCAACGAGUACGCUGUUGAGUGGGCAGGUCGACACCGAUUGUUCGCACUUAGAGGAAUGUCCGGAGCAAUAAACGCAACACGGUUUCUUUUCUUUUACCGAGAAACGAAGGGAGCUGUCGUGUGGUGGGUGUAUCCGUGUUGGCACGCGCUGCAUCCAACCAGAUAUCUGUUGAUAACGGCCAACGUAGCUGCGUUGCCUGCUGAAAGAUGAAAUACAUUUUUUGUUUAUUAGCUGUCGCGGUAAAUAAGAGCCUGGAUUUUAAUUUGAGAUUGGGAUCCCGACGAUUUUCCAUUCGCUCAAUUUCUUGUCCGCACGGAAUGCGCCGGCCACGACCGCUGUGGCCUCGCGUGCCGCUCAUUUGGCCGUCUCGCGGCCCUCAAGCCGGCUUGGUCGCAUCGACGACGACCAGUUGUGGGUGUGGGGAGGGCCCAGGCCGCCUCCACCCCCCCCCCCCUUGCACGGUCCGUAACAGCCUCAGCCGCCACCAGCCGCCGUCAGACGGUGCACGGCCCCUCCAGCAGACGCCGGCGGAGCGAGAUGAGCGUGAUGAGGAGCCGUCGUUCAGUCUUCGGCGGCGGGCGAAAUCAUUGAUCCGUGACGACGGCGGUUUUGGCAAAAUACACAACCCCAAUCGAUUACGCAACCCAAUACGAGAAGUAGUGGCGUUCCGGACCGUCUUGACGCAAGCGUCAUUGAAGCUUCCGAUUGAGAAGAAAGUUUUACUUUUCAGUGACUCUGGGGAGCCGCCGUGAGUACAGCCUCCUAGCGACACGAUGGCGUGGUGGCUUUGUAGCGCGGCUGUUGUGCGUUUCGAGUUGUCGCUGCUGUGCGCUGCUGUGCGCUGCUGUGCGCUGUUGCGGCACUGCGAGUGAAGUUGAUCUCACGUCGGGGCAGACCACGGCGUGCAGCCCUGGGUAAGGUGUCUGUCCGACAUAGACUCUACAUCCGGUUGGAUCUUCGUGAUUUAAAGCCUCUCCCUUAAAUUUCGAUUUAAAGCUUUCGUGACUGCAGGGAUUCAUCUUCUUGGUUCUUUCGGUAAAGUCACGUAGAAGGGAAGUAAUAAAAUAAUAAAAAUACAACAUAAUAAAAUACAAUUCUCACGACGUUUCGGCCACAACGCAAGCAGCCGUCCUCAGUUCAUUCAGACGCUGUCUUUCCGACAGCCCUGUUCUUCACCUGAGGACGUCGUGAGUAUUGUAUUUUAUUGUUUUAUUUGUAUUAUUUUAUUAAAGCCUCUCCCUUCUUUUACUCUCCCCCCCCCCCUUCUGGUCCUUUUCGGUUGCCGAUGAACACGAAUUUGAUGGGGGGACGGACAAUAACGCAGUUUAGCGCCAAGCAUAACGCGCGGGGUUUUUUUUGGGUUAGAGCGCGUGAAUGUAAGCGUGCCGUUAAACCCGCCACCACCACCCGACACAGCCAAUUGGUAAGGUUUGUCGCGUGAACAGAACGUGCCGAUUCGUCACUAGUCCAGCACUAACCGGUUGCGGUGGAGAGCAAAGCCACCCAACGUUUACAAUCGGAGUCCGACGUUUUGCCAGUAAUUACAACCGGCAUCAUCAGGCGGCAGCCAGACUUGUGGAGAAAUCCUCCUCCUGUUUAGUUAGUUAUAUAGAGGGAUAGAUGUGUGACAUCUACUCUCCUUACCGAUUGGCUGUGGCGGGUUUAACGACACAUUUAUAUUUACGCGAUCUAAUCUAAUAAAAACCUUUUGUUUAUGGAUUAUAUUGGUCGUGAAGGCAUCUUACUCUCUGCGUGUGGAGCAGACACGCCCUGUCGUCACCCACUGGGUGCUGACAGUCCUGGGCCACACCGACGAUGACAUUGUACGUUUACAAUUUCUUUCAUUAAAAAAAACUAAAAUUCUUAGUUUUUUUAAGGUUUCUUAAAAGUCACCUUUUUGUGCGUUAACAGCAACCGUAUACACCCCCCCCCCCCCCCGCGAACUCUUCUUAAAGUGUCCCCGGAGUUUCUAAUCGCCGCUCAUUUUCAAAGAGGGGUACAAAAACACCCCGCACAUGCGAAAACACAACUUGUUGUUCCAGGAGACCCGGGAGGGUGCCGGAGAAAUUCCUUUUUAAAGUGUCGGAGCGUGCCAGGGAGAGAACUCGUCGCAGAACCUGUACCCCCCCCCCCCCCCCCCCGUAUUCCGUCACAUUUUCCACCUAAUUUUUAAAGGCUCUCAGCGCGGGUAGCGUGGCGUGUGUAUCGCCUCCGUCGCGACGCGCUGUUUGUGGCGGGGAGGGGGGUGGGGACGAUCGCGACGCUCGUAAGUAGUAAAACCUAAAACGGCAGCGACCACGUGACCGGAGGUUUGUUUUGGGUUGGAUCGCGCAGACGUACGAAUGCCUCGUGAAACACCGCCACCACCCGACACGGCCAAUUGGUCAGGUUUGUCACGUGAACACAACGUGGCAAUUUGUUUAGAGUUCAGCACGCACACCGCUCGUGUGUUGGGAGAGUAAAUACCGUGUUGACAUUUUCGCCGCUCCGUACAACAGCAGCGGCAGCAGCAACAGCAGCAGCAACAUCAGCCAGCCUCAGCAGGCGGCAGAGUCGUGGAUAAAUCCCUCCCCCUCCUGUUUGAGUGGAAACAAAUCCCGGCUUGCUGUACAACAGACCGUGCCGAUGAUCUCGAGGAAACAGCGCUGUGUGCGUGCGCGCAUUCGCCUUUUUGAGCGACGCGAAGUAUAUUUGAAGAGAAAGAGAGAGAGAAAAAACUACAAAUUCGGAUUUUAUUAUUUUGACUUUUUGUAAACUCGCAACGUGUGCACCCCCCCCCCUUCCUCGCGUGCCGACUUCCGCAGAUGCGCACACGGCCAGAGCUGGAGCCGUGACGCUUAGUUGGAGGGCGCUGCAAUUGUAACGCGUACUUUCGGUAAUAUUCACACGGUAAUAUUCACACGGUAAUGUUUGCCGUGUAACCUACGCUUCCAAGAUGUAGCAAAUGUUCACUUUAGAUUUAUUGUUACCCCCCCCCUCCCCAGAUAGAGGCGACUGUAGAGGUGGGUAGGCGGGGAGGGUAACGCUCGCUCGGAUUUUAACAGAAAAUUAGAACGGCGUAUGUUCAUGCGUCAUUUAGUUAGGUUUUAACCAGAGGGGAUCCUGGGUAACGUUUGGGCAUUGUCCAAAGGUUAACGGAGGAAUUCGUCCGUUAAUUGAUAGCUCAACGAAGUGGCUGAUCAUCAUCAUCACGUGGAAAUGUGUCGCGGGCAAAUAGUCUGAACGCGCGACGUCGAUUCUAAAUGUGGAGGCAAAAACCGGAGGUGGACCCGGAGAAAUAUUCGCGCGACCACCGGGAGAGAGAGCGACACGCAAACUCCAAAUAUACAGCAGGCAUCAGGGUUGGGAUCGAACCCACGACCUCCUGUAGACCAGGCGAGGUAGUUAACAUCUCACCACGGGGAGAGAGAGACACGCAAACUCCAAAUAUACAGCAGCAGACGUCAGGGUGGGGAUUGAACCCACGACCUCCUGUAGACCAGGCGAGGUAGUCAACAUCUCACCACCGCGGAGUUUAGAUUUCCCUGUCGCACAACCACUCGCUGGGACGUGGACAAAGCGGCCGCGUGAGCGUGGAGGCGGCUACCCGAGUCCCGAUUGUCGAAGCGCCGCAACCUCUUUCCCCGCCUGCGAAGUUUCGUUCCAUGCCGUCUCUGCGCGUUACACCGCGAGCAGUCCUAUGCAACUUUGUUGCUUCGGUGGUUUGCAAAGACCCAGAAACAAACUCGAGAGAGCCGGGAGUUUUGAGCUGCGCUUGCUGCUGCUUCCAACGCACGCCGUUCCCUUCACUCUUCUGGCUUCGGCCCGGUGAUCGGUUUUGACGCCCUCUGACAUGUUUUGCUCCCGACCAUUUGGCCAGCGGAGCUCGCCGACACACGAGACGAAAUUCGAGGUGGAGUUCUGUGGCACGGGAGGACCGCGGCUCUUCGGUGAGCCACGCGCAGCGGAGACCGCCAGGGAUAUCGGCCGAAUCGAUCUUCUGUUUUAAGCGACGUGACAAAAAAACCCUUUCACGUGAUUUUGGCCACGCGUUUUGAGAGUAAGGAAUUGGAUCGCCGUGCAGUGCUCCCUCGAUACUCGCGGGGGAUGAUGCUCUUCCCGGAGAUGCUCGUGAGUAGGACAUUUCUGCGUGUAACGAUGUUGGCUCUGCGAAUAUCCUGCACGGCAACGUCUGCAGAUGCGUCUAAAUCUUCGAGAUAUUCUCUCUCGCCACGAUCUCUCUCCAGUGGUAGCGGUGUCUGCCCUCCCCUCUCGCCUCGACCACCCGGUCCAUGGAGCUCGCUCUGAACGCGCGUGGUAUUGAGGUGUGUGCAACGAAAACUUCAAAAAAUACUACUCUUGUGGGGGAGAACGCAACUUUUAUAAAGAGUGCUGUGCGCUUAAAAAAAAAUAGCGGGUCCGUUUUGUGAAUGUGUACUGAAGGUGGUUAGCUUUUAUUUUAGCGGGUGAAGUCCACUCAGCUACUGGCUUUUUUUCUUCCCAGAGGCGACCUGGCCACUUGUGAUGGAAAGUCCAAGUGACUUACAUCAUCAUCACACGUGGGGAUUGAUAGCAGCAGCCAAAUAAUAUAGAUGCAGGUUUCUAAAUGUGGAGGGGAGGCAAAACCGGAGGAACCCGGAGAGCACUCUACAGGAACAUGCUGCAGACUCCACUCACUGACACUACCAACACUUUCACACUCACUACCAACACUUUCACACUCACUACCAACACUUUCACUCGCUCUCAUCCUCCCACUCACUCUCACCCUGCCACUCACCCAGCCACUCUCACCCUGCUAUUCUCACUCACCCUGCCAUUCUCUCUCACCCUGCUAUUCUCACUCACCCUGCCAUUCUCACUCACCCUGCCACUCACUCACCCUGCCACUCACUCACCCUGCCACUCACCCAGCCACUCACUCUCACCCGGCCAUUCUCAUUCACCCAGCCAUUCACUCUCACCCAGCCACUCACUCACCCACUCACCCUGCCACUCACUCACCCAGCCACCCACUCUCACCCUGCCACUCACACUCACCCAGCCACUCACACUCACCCAGCCACUCACCCAGCCACUCACCCUGCCACUCACUCUCACCCUGCCACUCACUCUCACCCUGCCACUCACUCUCACCCAGCCACUCACACUCACCCAGCCACUCACUCACCCAGCCACUCACUCACCCAGCCACUCACUCACCCAGCCACUCACUCACCCAGCCACUGACUCACCCAGCCACUCACUCACCCAGCCACUCACUCACCCAGCCACUCACCCAGCCACUCACUCACCCAGCCACUCACUCACCCUGCCACUGAAGAAGACUGUGAGGGCCGGCGUGUGGAGGGCCGGCUUCCGUUUCGAGCGCAGCGUCGUCGCCCGCCUACAAAACAAACCGUUCCACCGGCGGGAAAGGUUUUUUGUUGCGCCCCCUGCAGAUCACGUUACCGAGUUCCCCUACACGUGCAGCAGCAAUAUCCACACUAACUAGCCGAGUAGCCCACCGACACUCCACCUUUGCGUCCGAUAGAUCGCGCCGUGGGCACGGGGAGUCAUUCGGAGGCGGAGGGGGGGGCGGGUGCUUUUAGAAUCUCCGGCGAUGUCUGUGACCUGGACUUUUUAAAGAUUUCUUAUUAUUACAGACCCCUUGUCUGCGACCGGGCGUGCGCGUGUGUGUACAUAGUGUUCAAAUGAAAUAAAAAUACCGCGUAACAUCAUUUGCAACAUUUAAUCCAUGGAAAAGGAAGAAAAGUCGGAGGAGAAUAUAUGCCUUAACCGUGUGCUUUUUAUAUACCUGUGAUUAUUCAUUAUCAUGAAUAAAGUACUUUGUCAUAAUAUGACUCGAA